AAGAUCCUGGCGGUACACUUUUUAAAUUCUCUAUCAUUUUUCUUUCUUUCUCUCUUCUCCUGCUUGCCAUACAGACAUGGCAGGACCCACAGCCCCGCUAAGUAUUCGCAGAGUAAUCCCCUUAUCGACAUGCCCAAGAAAGGAAACAGAAAACGGCUGAAAUUUAGGGCGGGGGACGUGUGUUCCGAAUCAGUCUCAGUUGCUGAUUACGCCGAUGCCGAUCCAGCCGUAGUCAAGUCUGGAAGAGUGAAGAAGGCUGUUGUCAAUGCUGUGGAAAAAGAAGUGAAAUUACUGUGCGGUCUGGAGGCUUCUCAGGGCACAGUGGAUGAGGUGCUCACGUCUGCUGUCUGUGUGAAUGGAGACGCUCUGGAAAGCGGCGAGGAGCUAGACCCAGAUGAGAAUCAGUCUAAAGCAGCCCACAAGAAGAAAAACAAGAGGAGGAAAGAGAACAGCGAGAGCGGUGAUGGACAGGAGUACCCGGUGGACAUUUGGCUGGUGCUGUCCUCCUACAUUCGUCCUGAAGAUGUUUGCAGAUUCGCUCUGAUCUGUAGAAAUGCCUGGAUUGUCACCUGCACUGCUGCCUUCUGGAGCAGACUCUACAAAAGGCACUACAGGAUGGAUGCAGAUUUGCCGCUGCGUCUUCAACGCGACUCUGUGGAGAAGAUGCGAUGUUUACGAGCGCGUGUGAUUCGCUCGCUCUUUCAUUUGUAUGAACCAUUCAUAUUACGGGUUUCACAAGUCCCGUCCCUCCCAGAGACCACGCCCUCAACUCUGCUCAACUCUAAGUGUUUACUAUUCUGGGUCCAAAAGUUGACAGGGACUCGGCCUGAGCCACUGUGGGAAUUCAACUUCAAAUUUGUGAAGCAGGGGUAUUAUAAAAAUGGUCGUGCCAAAGUCCUGUGUUUGCCCCAACAAUACGAAGACGUGCACAGGAACCCAGACUCCGACUGUUACAUGCUCCAAGUCACAACUCUCAACUUCAUCUUCACCCCUGUCGUCAUGGGGAUGACCCUCACUCUGUUCACACUCAACGUCAGUACAGACAUGCGCCAUCAUAGGGUGCGUUUGGUGUUCCAGGACUCUCCUCUGCCCCGGGGCAAGAAGAGGGCAGAGCAGGGCGGCACUCAGGUUGUACUGGACCCUGUUCACAGUGUGCGCCUCAUGGACUGGUGGCACCCGCAGUACCCCUUCUCCUCACAUGAAUAAAACAAAAACCACAAGGCUCCCAUAUUGCACAUGUAUGCUUUUAUCAGGUUUUAGUUAUCAUUUUGGACAUUAGCUACAUUUCCUUAGCAUUUCACGUCUUGUUAGUUGUGUUGUACAUGUUAUAGGGCUGAAUGGUUGGGAAAUAUUGCAUUGCUUUUUUUUUUCUCUCAAAUGUUGUAGGUAGGUUUGUAAUGCUUUUAAGAAAACUCGGUUCAAAGUGCGCAUUUUAAAAAUAUCUAAAACAGUGGCAUUUGAGAAGACAGAAAUAUGAACUGCUAAAUGCAGGAAUCAAAUCAAAUGCAUUUCAGAACAUGUUUGUCAAGGUCAGAAGUACAGAGUUAAUACAUUUUAUUCAUCAAAAAUAUCAAUGCAGGCAAAUGCUCUAAUCUGGUAAUUGCGGUCUAUAAAAAUUGCAGUAUUCAUUAACCUUUCAGCCCUGAUAUAUAAACAUUUAUUGAUGUAAAAGGAAAAAAAAUCAAUAUUUUUCACUACAUUUAGAGGCUUGUCAGGCAGCCUCUACUGGUAACAGUGGGGAUCAACACUGUUAAAAGCUAUGAAAUUAAUUUUGCAUAAUAUGGGAGCUUUCAAAUAGAGACACAGCAUUGCCCUGGUUAAACAAAAUGGUGCAACUAUAAAUUCAGUGAAUUCAUUUGUGCAUUGUUAAUGUCUUGUAGAUGUUAAAACCACAUGUACUUGAUAGGAGGACACUUUAGAUGUAUUAAGGCCCUGGCUACACAUGCAUUGGUUUUCUUUCUAGCUAUAUUCCAUGGUAGAAAUAUUAGAACUAUUUCAUGAACCAGAACAAUUUUCAUAUGUGAAAUUUACGCUUUUGGCACAAGAUGGCAGCAAACACUUUGAGGCAUUACACUUCAUGAAGCAAGCCAAGUCAAUGAUCUAGAAUUAAAGGUCUCAGAAGUCUCAAAUAUAGCAACCAAAUUUUUGUCAAUUACCAUAUAACUUGAUAUAGUUUUUGAAUAUAGAAACAUAAGAAUCAUGCUUUUUAUGUUUUGCAAAAUAAGAACAGACAUAAAAUUGAUUUAACUAGUAAUUAAUGUGAUAGUAGCCAGGGUCUUUUUGAGUUCAUAAUAUGUCCAACACAAUUCAGUUCUCUGUGUUCUGGUGCUGUCUCUUCAAUAACUUAAACUGGUCUGAUAACUACUUGAGAAACAUGAUUCAGCUUUAGAGAUUUUAUUUUUAUUUAUCUUGUUUUAAAUCAGUUGUAUAAUGUUAUUAAUUGACACGCAUAUCCUCAUGAAUUGUCAUCUACACGUCACAUAUCCUAACCUAAACUUGGUACUGCCUUCAGAUUCAAUCAAAAAUAGAUCAGUGGUUCUCAACUAAUGGACAGGAACCCCAAAUUAAGUGUUAUGUUGCUGCAUAUUUAAAGAUAUUUUAUUUUUUGUGAAUUCUAAGAGAAAUCCUGCAACUCUACCUCCUUAAACCAGUUCCUAUAAUAAAUCAAAGGUGCUUUAUGUAACUUUUCUGGUAAGGGGUCUGCCAUCUGCUACUCGCCCGAUUGUAUCCAUGAUUAUAAAUACGUCUAGUACCGUACUGUGGAACAUUCCUGGCAAAGCAGCAACAUCUCUAGUUACCAUAUUGUUUGUCAUGGGCCUUCAAGAUGUAAGUCACAUUUUUUGGUGCUAUGGAACUAGGACCAAACCAGGACUAAAGGACACAACAGUAUGCAUUUCUAACAACAGGAGUCAAACGCACAAUAUUUGCAUUAACUGUACCACAACUUGAGAGCCACUGAUCAAUUUUCUAUUUAAAUUUUGGUUUGUUAUUUUGUCAUAUAGAUGUAUUUAAUAUAUUUUGUAACCUUAGUGUGUAAUAUGAACACUGAAGGGGCCAAAGAGGCGAUUACCUCAAAUCCAUUUAAUCAUAGUCUUAGAAUACUAAUAUUUAAUCCUCCUUUAAAUUCACAGCAUUUCGUUUCGCCUGCCUUCCACUGCCACCUGUGUCAAUCUUUAAUGCCUACAAGUGUUUCAUGACUAUUGAAUGUAACCGCCCAUAUGUAAAUUCACUACAGUUAGUGCGUAAAUGAUGAGUUUAUUUUGAUUUUGAGCAGAAUUGGUCUAUUAUGUUGAAAUUGUUAAGCCAACUUGAUUUGAACGUGUUGUGGAAUCAUUUCUAAAGAUGUUGUGAUUUCGGGCACUUCUUGCUGCAGAUGUGUCAUGUUGUGAAUGGCAGUAGAUCAAUGACAGUCUAGUUUCUGUUUUAGCCAAGACUAGGACUGACAGACACACUGAAUAAAAUCAAACUAGUCAUUUAGAAAUCUC